AUGGGAGUCACCUUUUCGCAAGUCUGGGCUCGACUGUUCAGCUCCAAGGAAGUCAAACUGCUUAUACUAGGUCUGGAUGCCGCGGGGAAGACUACGAUACUGUACAAGAUCACGACUGGGGAGGUGGUUGCUGCUGCCGCAACCGUGGGGAGUAACCAUGAGGUCUAUACCUAUAAGAACAUGAAAUUAGGUCUGAUCGAUAUUGCCGGUCAAUCGAGCCAUCGUCAAUCGUGGUCGCAAUACUUUCAAGCAACCUCGGGUGUCAUCUUGGUCAUCGACUCGACAGACAGGGCCAGGAUGGAUCUGGUGCGGCAAGAACUACUCAAGAUGAUGAGUGACGAGAACCUCAAGGAUGCAUUACUCUUGGUUUACGCCAAUAAACAGGACCUGCCAAACGCAAUGUCACCGUCGGAAGUCUCCACAGGCUUGAAUCUCACCAGCCUCAAAGACCGGGACUGGCAGAUCUUCGGAGCUUCGGCGUUAAAAGGUGCCGGUCUCUUCGAAGGCUUGGAUUGGCUUGUGGGCAAAUUAGCCGAAUGA